CACACACACACACACCAUCAAUCAACCAAGUGCCGGGGGAAGAGGUGGCCUGUCCCUUUCCCAAGGCCGACCCCUCCACUGAUGGCUUUGGCAUCUCCUCUCCCUCUAGUGGGCUGUGCUGCCUCUCUCUGUCGCCCAUCUUAUUCUCUACCUCUUCGUGCCCCCCAAGGCCUAGGAAGUGUCAUGUGUAGGUACCGUGGGCAGCAGGAUGGCAGCGAGGUGGCCCUGGGGACCACGUGGUCGGGGGUCCCCAGGGGUCAGAGUGCAGGCGGACUCGGGAGUGGCCAGUGGCAAUUUUAUUGAGGGCGGGGCUGCUAUUCGUGGGGCCAGUGGAAUUUUGGGAACUCGGUCCCGUUCUGGCACAAGCAGUGCCAGGUGCCGAUCCGCAAGGCAAGCGGCGCGCACAUAGCUUGCUUCCGAGCUCCCAGACGCGAGUUUUCUGGACGUAGCGGAUCGUCACGUCGACGUACGGUUGCUCAGCUGGGCUCGGCGCUUCAGCGGGUGACGCCCCAGCAAGGCUCCCGAUGAAGUUGGUGCCCUCGUGGGUUUUUGGCAGGCCAUCUGAUAACUUAAGGAAGAAUGGGCCGGGUUCAAGCUGAGGGGAAAGACUCCGUGUCUAUGGCUUCCGAGCGAAUGGCUUUGCCAGAGGCCUUGCCUUCUGGGCUGCACUGUCACCACCGGGGGCUGCAUAGCCCUGUCUGCGUCAGCUCCUCAGCAGUAAACAGUGAGCCGGAGGAGAAGGCCCUGGCCGAGCACCCCGCUGCCUCCAGUGAGAAAGCCCCCCGUGGGGUCACAGAGUGGGACGUGAGAGCAAAGGACGGCAUUCGCCGCUUCCUCUGACGGCCUCGGGUCAGCUCGGGGCACUCGGUUCCUCUCUUCCUCCUGGACUCUGGGGGUGCUGCCCUCUGCCCUACUCCGCCAUCUCUAAAUGCUCGCUCUGUCCCGGCCCGUCUCCUCUCCCUGCAGAUGACUCCCAGACCUUUCGAUCCAGCCUCAUCCUCUCUCUCGACCUCCAGGCCCACAUCACUCGCGAGCCGCUGGAUCUCCCUCGGCCGUCGGCCCAUCUGCGUGUGGGCCUCCGAAGCCCCGGAAGGACCAGCCCAACCCCUUCUCUCCAGCCGCCCCUUCCUCGAGGGGCCCCUCUCCGCCGUGUCUUCUGCCCAGUUGCCAAAAGGCCCAGGUGGGCGCCCUGGAAUGGGGCCUGAAGAGGGCAGGCGAUGCAGCUGCCAUCCCAGGGAGCGAGAGAGCAAAUACAGAGGAAAGAGCAGGGCCGGGGGGAGCCCAGGCUAGCUGGGGGCUCGGGGCCCCAGUGGGGAAAGGGCCAAUUCGAGCCUUCUUCCUCUAGUUCCUUCCUCCUUGAGGCCUGGCUUCCUCUUUGCCUGCUGAGUCAGGGGGCUGACCCAGAGAUGGGGGCAAAGGGGAUGGAGGCAGUGGCGCCAGGCAGGGCUUUAAAACCUGGAAGUCCCCACCUUCCUUUCCAACUGGUCGCCACGGCCUUCGGCCCCAGCUGUCCCCGGCUGCCCACGAUGCUGCCGCCGCUGCUACUCGCGCUCCUGGCUCUCCUUUCGUCCUGGGGGGCAGGCGAGGAGGCCGUGCGCUGCUUCUCCAACUUUGAGGAGGCUUCCAGCCGCUGCGUGGGGUUCCUGGGAGAAGGUGUCAGCAAGCGUGCCUGCUGCCUCAAUGCUGCCCACGGUUUCCAGAUCCCAGGAAGCCAAACCUGCCAGGCCUGCGGGGCCCCUCGCUGGUCCCCGUGGUCCUCCUGGUCCCCCUGUUCCGUGUCCUGCAUGGAGGGCUCCCAGCUGCGUCAUCAGCGAUGCCUCGGCCAGGGGGGCCCGUGCCCUGGUGAGGGGCAGCCUGGGAGCCUUCGAUGGGAAUUGCAGGCAUGCCAGGACCGGGACUGUUGCCCAGAGGCUGGUGGUUGGUCGGCCUGGGAGCCGUGGGGCCCCUGCUCUGUGACUUGUGCCCAGGGUCUGCGGAGCCGCCGAAGGGCCUGUGACCAGCCGGUCCCAAAGUGUGGGGGCAGCUGCCCUGGCAGGGAAACCGAGACUGAGCCGUGUGAUACGCAGGUCCCGUGUCCCACCCAUGGGGUCUGGGCAGCCUGGGGGCCUUGGGGGCCUUGUUCAGCCUCCUGUCUCGGGGGGCCCCAGGCCCCUAGCCAACGCAGAUCGAGAACGUGCUCUUCUCCGGCCCCCUCGGUCCAACCCCCAGGAAGGCCCUGCUCUGGCCAGGCCUAUGAACAGCGGGGCUGCCAGGGCCUCCCACCGUGCCCUGUGGACGGUGGCUGGGGUCCCUGGGGGUCUACCAGCCCCUGCUCGGUGACCUGUGGCCUGGGGCGGAUCCGGCAGCAGCGGCUGUGCAGUCAGCCCCCACCUCAGCACGGGGGUGCGGCCUGUGCUGGAGACGCUACCCAGGAUGGCCUGUGCGACACAGGAAAGCCCUGCCCGGUCGAUGGUCACUGGAGCCCUUGGGAGCCCUGGGAGCCCUGUGCCCGGCUCCCUAAGUUCCACAUUGCAUGUGAAAAUGUGCCAGGCCAGCAGCAGCGCUUUCGCAAGUGCGAGGGCCGCCUCCACCAAGGCCGCCGCUGCCCGGGCCACUUCCAGGAGUCUCGCCAUUGUUACAACAUCCACCAGUGCCUCUUGGAUGGCUACUGGGCAGCCUGGGGGCCCUGGGGUCUCUGCCAGCCCCCCUGCGGGCCCUCUCCCACCCGCUCCCGACAUCGUCAGUGCACUGCCAAGCUGCCUGCUUACUCGCCCACGGUGACCACGGUGGAAGGCCAGGGGGAAAAGAACGUGACAUUCUGGGGGAGCCCAAGGCCCCGCUGCUCCGAGCUGCAGGGCCAGAAGCAGAAGGUGGAGGAGAAGAGGCCAUGUCUGCACCCUCCGCCCUGCAAGGACCCCCUGCUGGACAGAACCUGAGCCAGCUCUUUCCCCCCGCCCCACCCCCCUCCGCCGGGGUUUAUCCUGGGGGAGGCAGGGGAGGGCAGGAGGGGAGAUGCCACCCUUUCCUCAUAUAGCCCCACCCCAAAUAAACAGCUUUCUCGGCUCA